UGCCUGCCGCCGGCCGGCCGUCCGCCAGCCGGAGAGGAGCGCUCCGCCCGCUGCUGACAAAGGAUGGGAGGAUGCCUGCGCCCUGGGAGGCGGGCUCCGCGCAGCCGGGCGGCCGCCUGAGCGGCUUCUCCCUCCGCCGGAAAUGUACCCGCGAGGAGUUCUGAGAGAAUGUCCUCAGAUGUUCUGCUGGGAUUAAACAAGACACUGCUGUAUUUUAACUGAGCUUGGCAAAGCCAGGAUAUGAACAAUUGUGCAGGUGGGCCCCUCAGGGCGAGUGAAGAGAUAAGGCAUCCAGUCAGGGACUGGCCACCUGCAGCCCUGCCAGUAUGCCCCUCCACCAGAUUUCCGUAAUCCCCACCCGGGAGACGGCCAGCAAUGGGAGAAGUUCAAUGGGCAGAAACAAAGAGAAGAACAAGGAAGUCGAGAAUUUCAGAAAUUGAAAAGGGAUAAGAGGAAGGAGAAAAUGCUGGGCUGGUGUGAAGCGAUAGCGCGUAACCCUCGCAGGAUCCCUAACAACACGCGGACCCCCGAGGGCCCAGAGGAAUGGGCAGACGCCUCGCAAACCUCCACACUGAACGACAAAUCCCCAGGGCGAUCUGCAAGUCGAUCAAGUAAUAUUUCAAAAGCGAGCAGCCCGACCACAGGGACAGCUCCCAGGAGCCAGUCAAGGUUGUCUGUCUGUCCAUCCACUCAGGACAUCUGCAGAUCUGCCAUCUUACAUGACAUGUCAGAAGCCUCAUUUGAGCAAAGCACCCCUGUCGUGGUGCUGAGCCCUGCUAGGAAGGAGUCUGGUAAGAAAUCAGUAAAACAGAGGCCUAGGAGGAAGAGGAGGGCUGCUCUGAGGUACGAGCACACAGAAGAACAAGUGAAAGGGAGAAGAAAGGAUUUUCACCUCCAAAUCCCCAGCCACCAAUGGAGUGAGACUGACACAGAUUCUUCAGAUUCAUCGUCCACCGAUGAGAGUCACUGGAUUCAGGCAAAACGAAGAGCCCAAGUGAAAUUCCGCCUGUCUCGGAGAAGGAGAAAUAAGAAACCAAAUGGAAGCUUGGAUGAGUCUUCUGCUCCUAAUGAAAUCCAUCCAGUACAUUUAGGAUCCAAAGAUAAAAAGCACACGGAGCUGACCAAGUGUGAGAGCUACUCUUUAAAUCUCCACAGAGGAAAAGGCACAACAUACCAAGGAUGCAGUGUUUCCCUGCCAAGACGGUCCUCUGACAUUAAGAGACGGUCAGGGAAGGAUGAGGAAAGCAGAGGCAGGUACCACCACAGGGAUCCUCGGCUCUUGCACAGGCCUGGGCAAAAUGAAACAAUCAAGAGAGUGUUUUCAGAGACAGAUUCCAGCACUGAAAUGCUGGCAGUCAAAGAAGAUGGCAAGCCUGUGGAGGAUGCAGGAUUCCUUCAGAAGCCUCCUGCCACCUACCAUGAUGGGUCUGAUCAUUUAAAAGCAUGCAGGAUCUGUCACUGCGAAGGGGAUGAGGGGAGUCCACUCAUCACGCCCUGCCGCUGCACGGGCACCCUGCGCUUCGUGCACCAGGCCUGCCUCCACCAGUGGAUCAAAAGCUCCGACACGCGCUGCUGUGAGCUGUGCAAGUACGACUUCAUCAUGGAGACCAAGCUCAAGCCCCUCCGCAAGUGGGAGAAACUGCAGAUGACCAGGAGUGAGAGGAGGAAGAUAUUCUGCUCUGUCACCUUCCACGUCAUUGCCAUCACCUGCGUGGUCUGGUCUUUGUACGUGUUGAUUGAUCGGACAGCAGAGGAAAUCAAGCAAGGCAAUGAUAAUGGUGUCCUUGAAUGGCCAUUUUGGACAAAACUGGUUGUGGUGGCCAUCGGCUUCACGGGAGGUUUGGUCUUCAUGUACGUACAGUGCAAGGUCUACGUUCAGCUGUGGCGCAGGCUGAAGGCCUACAACCGUGUGAUCUUUGUGCAGAACUGCCCCGACACGGCCAAGAGGCUGGAGAAGAACUGCUCCUGCACGGUGAACACGGAUGCCAAGGACGCCGGGGCAGUAGUGCCUGCCUUACAAACGGGGACCAACGCACUGCCACCUUCAGAGGGCGGCCCCCCCGAAGUCAUACCUGUGUGAUGGGGCCAGCCGGGAGCGUGUCACUGGAGUAUCGCCUGGCCCUCAGCCACUACAAGUGACAGAAGUGAUCCUGAGUUAGUCACCCUCAUUAUCUUCUCUCUUCUUUCUGACUCAUUUGUCCUUUCUUUGCUCAAAAAGAAAGGAGAAGAAACACCAAAUGAUCAGGAUCCCAUGAAGCAGUCUCAAGUGUGAAGAGAAAAUGUGAAAAGUUGGCUGGAGAACGAUUUGUGAGACAAGGACCGCUGGAGCAAGGAAUGCUUUCAGGCAAUGAGGAAAGACUAACUGGACAGACCCAUGAGUCUUCACAGUAACAGGGCAAGGUCAAGAAUACAGACUUGAAUUGCAACAUGUCUUUCUUCUAGGGCCUUGUAAUGUUAACUCUCUCAUCUGGAAAUGACAAACACAUUUGGUUUUAAGCUUGAAAUUAUCUGCAUUAUCCCUAAGGCACAUCAGAAGCAAACUCAGAAGAUGCAUAUUUUGAUAUUCAUACUUUGACAGCUAACAGGUUUUAUGGCUAUAGUGGAGUCCAGUUGUUUUGACAGAUGCAUGUUUUUAAAAUAGAUGCAAUACACAUUUCAAGAUAUUAAUACUUGGAAUUAUGUUUAAAUCAUGAUUUUCAGAGAUUUUUGGGUUUAAUUAGCUCUGUUAAAUACCCACAGAAGCCUUGUAUACUCCACCUGGACCCUCUAAAACAGUGUUGUCCAACAGAAAUAUAAUGUGAGCCACAAAUGAAGGCCACAUAUGCCCCAUUAGAAAAAGUAAAAAUAGGUGAAAUGAAUUUUGAUAAUAUAUAUUAUUUAACACUAUAUAUACCCAAGUUAUCAUUUCAAUGUCAUCAAUAUAAAAAAAGUAUUGAGUUAUUUUACAGCUCUUUUUAUGAACCAAGUCUUCAAAAUCCAGUAUGUUUACAGCAUAGCUCAAUUUGAAUUAAACUUAUUGGCUAGUGCAGCCCUAAAAUUAGAGACAAAGCCUCUGCUUCAUUUAACAAUUGAAUCUUUCAAAACAGCAGCUUAAUUCACUUUUAUUCAAAGUAUCACAAAUACUAUUUUACAAAGCACUAAAUUAAUCAAAUUAAAUAUCUUGGUUAAGAGUUAGGUGAAGUUACCACUAAAUUAAUCAAAUUAAAUAUCUUGGUUAAGAGUUAGGUGAAGUUACCAUUUCUCUAAAGGGUGAAAAAACAAAACUACAAAGCAAUCUGCCUGUGGUAAGUUCUGAAAUUAACUUAUUUGCUACUAUGAAGCACUUAUAAUAGGGAAAAUAAUUUACAAACAUACCUUUUUUUUUAUGAGGUGUCAACUUGACAGAUGAGUAGUUAUGACCAAGCAUUAGACUGUAUUUUAAAAAGCUGACAGUAUUUCCCUUGCUCAGCUGGGAGGCAAAAAUAUUCAACAGAUUCUGUGCUAAGUAAUAAAUUGAAUUGUUUAGGUUUGACAGUUGAUUAUUGUAUUCUUUGCAUAUUCAUGUAAAACUGAAAUGUGAAUGACAUAGCAGUGAGCUAGAUUAAUGAUUAUAAAUAUAGUGUGGCCUGUUAAAGAGAGAUGUCUUACAUAAAAUGAGGUGAUUUAUUUUUGCUAGCUGUCGUAUUUAUUAUUGUGAAAAGGCAACCGUGAUGGCCAUAGAACCAAAGCAUGGGUAUCGUAUUGCACAAAUCUGGGUAUCACAUUGAUGCACUUUGUAAUUGUCAGUGGGCUUUUUCAAAACUCACACAUUACCAUAGGGAAAGAAAAGAGAAAUAACCUUUUACUGAAGAGAAGUCUGAUUCGAUAUGAGUAGUGGCUGACACUGAGUCCAAAUAGUCCCAGUUCCUAGAAGUAAAGCAAAGGUCAACAGUA